AUGUUCUCGCCCUCAAGCAGGCAUUUAUUCUUGUCGACUCAGCUGAGGAGACUACAAAGCACUUUGGUAGUUGCAGAACAUAAUAAUGAAGUGCUAUCAGCAGCUACGCAAAACACUUUAAGUGCUGCUAAGAAAAUUGGUGGGGAUAUUUCUGUUUUGGUAGCAGGAACUAAGUGUGGACCUGCUGCAGAGAAGAUAGCCAAAGCUAAUGGAAUUUCUAAGGUCCUAGUUGCAGAAAGUGAUGCCUUCAAGGGUUUCACUGCUGAAAGCCUGACACCCCUCAUUUUAGCCACACAGAAGCAGUUCAACUUCACGCAUAUCUUGGCUCCAGCCACUGCUUUUGGCAAGGCUGUAUUGCCUAGAGUAGCUGCUAAGCUUGAUGUCUCACCUAUUACAGAUAUUAUUGGGGUUAAAGAUGCAAAUACAUUCAUCAGGACUAUUUAUGCAGGUAAUGCUGUUCUCACUUUGGAAGCUAAAGAUGCAAUCAAAGUGAUCACAGUUCGAAGCACUGCAUUCCAGCCUGAGCCGCUGGAAGGUGGCUCUGCUGCAGUUGAAAAGGCACCUGAGGGAGAUUACAAAAGUGACCUUGUCGAGUUUGUGUCCCAAGAGCUCAGCAAGUCUGAUAGACCUGAGCUGACUAGUGCCAAAAAUAUUAUUUCUGGAGGUCGCGGUCUGAAGUCUGGUGAUAACUUCAAGCUGUUGUACGAUCUAGCAGACAAGUUGAACGCUGCUGUGGGAGCGUCUCGCGCUGCAGUCGACGCCGGAUUCGUAGCCAACGAUUUGCAAAUUGGUCAGACUGGCAAGAUUGUCGCUCCUGAUCUAUACAUUGCUGUAGGUAUCAGCGGUGCUAUCCAGCAUUUGGCUGGUAUGAAGGACUCAAAGACAAUUGUCGCCAUCAAUAAGGACCCUGAGGCACCUAUUUUCCAGGUAAGCGACUACGGUCUUGUCGCCGAUCUGUUCAAGGCCGUUCCCGAACUCACAUCCAAGUUGUAA